GUUGGAGUCUACAGUGCCGCCCUAGGUCCCUUUCCCUUUUGCGGAGGAACUCUCAUUGCGCCUAAGUGGGUUUUGACGGCUGCUCACUGCAUCGUUGUUGCCCUGCAAUGCCGACAUGCCCCAUAUGGUCAACUCUUCUCCUAUUCUGAUGUCAGGGGCUAUGAUAUGGCUGUCAGAGUGGCAGACCACAAAUACACACAGCGGGGACGUCCAGCCUACAACGUGCGAGUGCAGGGCAUAAUUAUGCAUCCCUUCUUUGGUGGAACAAGCGGUGGCUUUGACAUUGCACUACUGAAAUUAGGCCGUGAAGUCAAGCGAUCAUCGCUGACAGAAUAUGCAUGCCUUCCGGAACCCGAAUUUACUCUCCCCGUUGGAUAUUUCUGCUACCUGGCCGGCUGGGGAUUUAUCCCCAAUCCACCCUAUGCGCCGCUCGCAGUUCAUUCGGAGACGCUGAUGGAACUACGGAUUCCAAUUAUAUCGGCAGAUCUAUGCAAAACAAGAAAUCUAUUCAUAAAAGAACAGCAGGACGUUUGUACGCAUGGCGCACAUGGAAUGGCUUGUAACUGUGACAGUGGAGGAGGACUGCACUGUUUUACGGAAAACGGAUCCAAAUGGGUUUUAUACGGUGUGCUUUAUCAUGGCAACCCUGCCUGCUAUGGGGGAUUCAACGUUUUUACAUUAACAGCACCGAACGUUGACUGGAUUAAGCGAGUCAUGAAUGCAAACACCUAG